AUGUCAGGUAGCAGGAAAUCCAGUCAUGUGGCAGGUCAACUGGAGAACGCUCCUCAGGCAAUUCUCGCCAGCGAGAUCCCCAAAGUCAAUCACCUCAGCGAGAGACCCGUUCUCAGCCUCGCCAAAAAGAUCCCCAACGUCAAACCCCACGACGAGAGACCCGUUCUCAGCCUUGCCAAAAAGAUCCCCAGCAUCAAACCCCACAACAAGGGACCCGUUCCCAGCCCCGCCAGCAAGAUUCCUGAAGACACAGAGCGUGAUGUGGAAACCCAUGACUGGGAAGACAAACCCUUGUUUGAAGAUGAAUCUGAUGCCAGUAGUGAGGAUGGACACAAUGAACUCACUGGCAAUGGGAUGGAGUCACAUCCCAACUGCCACAUGCAGGGGGUGAUUCUAGGAGAAGAUGAAGAGUUCCCCUCCCGCCGGAGAGCUGGUCAUUGA